AUGUCUGAUGCUUCUUCCUAUAUCAAUCAUGUAGCUAACGUAACUGGUAGCACUCUUGGGGUCGUAAAAGUAGUUUCGGCAUCUUCUGCUGUUGUUGCUGACUUCAUUACACCAUUCGUCCCUUUCAUAUCAGAGAUAGCAAGCAUAGUUGAAGAAAUAAUUACUCUUUAUCAAACCGCUGAACAUAAUAAACGUAUAUGUGGUUCACUUCUUUCCCGUGCAACAGCUGCCGAAAAUGCUGUAAAUAAUUUAAAAAUUCGUAGACUUGAAAAUGAAGAUUUAUUUAAAUCCAAAGAAUAUUAUAAAAAUUUUCAAAAAUUAGUUUCGGUCAUUAGUAAAAUUAAAAUUUUUAUUGAAGAAGUUUCUCAAAUUAAAGGUUUAAGAAAAUUUUUGGCUUCAAAGUCGAUUGAACAAGAAUUUAAAGGUUUAACUGAAGAAUUUGAUGGUUUAAUGCGUGUUUUGAAUUUUACUAUGGCUGUACAAAAUCAAAUACAGAUAGAAGAAGAUAGAAAAGUUCUUAAACAUGAUAUUUCGGAGAUGACAAAGUACCUUAAAGAAAUUGAAGGUGGCAUCACCAAUAAUAUGGCUCAAAUUAAUGCCAAGUUGGAUGAUAUUACUCAGUUAAAUUUAGCUUGGCAAAAGAAAUUGUUGAACAAUGAUGAAAAUAUUUUUGAAUCUGCGUUAAUAAAGAUGAAUGAUUUAUAUGAUCCUCCUAAUCCAGUAAAACGUGGAAAAGUUUCAAAAAAAUCUCUAAAUUGUGAUGAUGUGGCUGUUAAAGAAAAAUUUUUUGAAUCUAAUGAUAAUGAUCUUAUCAAAGAUAUUCUUACUAAAAUUGCAAACUUUACGUUAAGUCGUGGUUUUACUGAUCCUACCAAAAAUGUCUUACCUACUAUCGAGAUGGUGAGAUGGAUGGCUCCUGAGAAAUUAAGUGAUCAUGAAAAGAAUCCUUAUACUGUAAAUUUUGGUAUGCUCUUGUGGGAAAUUGCUGAAGAAAAAAUACCUUUUGAGAAUGAAAAAGAUAUAUUGAAAAUUCGUAAUUUAAUAUUGGAACAAAAAGUUCGACCAUCUUUUAGUAUUGGAGUUCCUUCUGAAUAUUCUAAAACUUCCUAUCAAUCAAUGCAACAUAAUCCAAAUUCACGUCCAGCUCUCAAAAAUAUAUUCAUGACUCUUUAUAGUCUUUAUCAACAAUUUCAACCUAAAUCAUCUCCACGUCCUACUGUGUCUCGUAUACUUACAGAAGAAGAUUUACCAGAAGUGGAUCUUGAUGAACUUGCUUUAGAUGAUUUAACUUUAACUUUGAAUGUUUUAAGUGUUAAAGAAGCCAUUGCAGAACAUAGAAAAAAAAAUAGUGAUAAAUUAAAAGUAUGGGAAGCAUUUAAAGUACAUGCUGAAGAAUUUGGUGAUAUUACUGCAAGGACAUCCGCUCUGCAAGGACAGCCUAAAGCAUUAGAUACUUGUAAAAAGAAAGGUAUUGGAUUGGUGGGUUAG